AUGAGUUACGGCAGGCCGCCGCCACGUAUAGAUGGCAUGGUGUCAUUAAAAGUAGACAAUUUAACAUAUCGCACGACACCGGAAGAUCUACGUAGAGUUUUCGAGAGGUGUGGCGAUGUUGGUGAUAUUUAUAUCCCAAGAGAUCGUUACACUCGUGAAAGUAGAGGAUUUGCCUUUGUAAGGUUCUUUGAUAGGCGGGAUGCUGAAGAAGCACUAGAUUCAUUAGACGGAAGAAUGUUAGAUGGCAGGGAGCUUCGUGUACAAAUGGCGCGGUAUGGACGCCCGUCGUCACCAUACAGAAGUCGUUACGAUCGUCGACGCAGUGUGUCCCGAUCGCCCGUUCCCGUUCUCGCUCACGCUCCCGUUCGGACUCGAAGAGCUCGCGAGGACGCUCACGCGGCCGCUCGCACACUCGCAGCCGUUCUCGCUCGCGCUCAAGGCACUGAGGUGUCAGAUUGGAUGAAUGUAUCAGCCGGGAGCUUAUUUUGCUGUGUCAAACUAUCCAAAGCAACCAGCCCCUGGCAAGGGCGUGGAGUAUGCGGGGAGUGCGAGCGGUUUGCGGGAAGGGGGGGUUUUGCUGAUUGC